AUGGAAUCAUGGAUGUGGCCUCAAGAUUUCAGCCUUUUUCAGUACCUUCGGUUCAAGGCCUGGUUUGGGUUCUUUCGGUUGCUGACGGUCAUAUUGGACCCUUUCAAGAUGCAAACGGAGGCCCGCCUCAUCCCUCACGAGGUGCGACGGGAACAGGUUCAAAUUCCGUCGCGCGACCCGGGGCGAUCCAUCCUCGGGCACAUGUACUACCCUCCGAGCUACUCAACAUCGUCGCCGGCCCCGGUCGUCAUCAAUUGGCACGGAAGCGCCUUCACCAUCCCCGCGCACGGCCAUGAUGCGCUCUUCUGCGCCCGACUUGCCCGCGACGCCGGCGUCGUCGUGCUGGAUGCCGACUACCGCAAAGCCCCGGACCACCCGUUUCCGGCGGCUCCCCACGACGCCGAGGACGCGCUCCGCUGGGUGGCGGCCCAGGGCGGCCUCGACUCGCAGCGCAUCAUUGUCGCGGGCUUCAGCGCCGGCGGCAACCUCGCCUUGUCCAUGGCGUCCGCGGUGCGCAAGAAGCUCUCGCCCCUCGUCCACAUUCCGCUCGUUCUCUCCAUGUACCCCAUGACCGACAUCUCCUUUCCCAGCACGGACAGAACGGUCCCCAAGCCCAUCAAACCCUUACUGCCGUUUUUUCUGGACAUCAUUUGCAAUUGCUACUGCCCCAAUGACAGCGACAAGAGGAAUCCGCUGGCGUCGCCUGGUUUGGCCGACGCUGCAGACUUUCCGGCGCUCACGGCCAUCAUGACCGCCGAGGGCGACACACUGCGGCCCGAGGCAGAGCUUCUGUUGCGCAAGUUGGAAAAGAAUGGUCGUCCAGUGUUUAGUUACAUGAUGAAGGAUGCGGCCCACGGAUUUGACAAGAGCGCCAAGAAGGGGACGGUUCAGUGGGCCCAGCGGGAAGAGAUGAUUGAGUUAUCCGUUAAACUGGUAAAGGAGGCAAUUUAG